UUAUAUUAUUACUAUAAAAAUAUUAAAUUAUUUGAACAAUGAGGAACAUCAAUGAAUACCUCCUGAUGAUUAUAGGAAAUUUUCUCGAAAUCAGGGAUAUCCUUAAACUCUCAGCUACCUGAAAGAAAGCCAAUCAUGUAUUUAGGGACUACUUUGAGUUAUAUAAGAGAGAAUGUAAGAGACGCUAUAUAAACCCAUGCAACUGCUUUAAGAAUCAGCUAAUGUCGAAUAAAUCAGACUCUAAAGAUGUAAAUAACGCUCAUGAUCCAGGAUUUUUAUGAAAGGACGACACCACCAAGGUGUGGAAGGACCUAAUCCUCGAAGGGCUCUCACUGGAGCAUUCUUGGAGCAAGGGAAACUACCUGACAACUCACUUUGAUCCAGAGAUAAUAAAAUAUUUAGGUGAAGCUCUGAUUGGUAUUUUAAGAACUCCAGAUCUGACAGUGCCAGCCUUGAUAAAACAUGAUCCAAAUGUUGACCUGCACUCUGUGUACUCCCAAUACCUUUAUGAGUACCUUUUUAGGAUGAAUGACGUCUAUUGAGGGAAAAGGCCAGCUGCCGCAUUUACUUUUUUGUCAGAAAAAGAGGACUUCAUUCAAAAAUCAUUCUUAAAUUUAAAAGAAUUAUCGAAGAAAGAUUACUACGAUUCUCUUGCGUAUGAGAUUAAGUCUCUGGACGAGACCCAGAUUUUCUUUAAUUUGAGGUGGUAUUGUUCCAGCCCAAAAUUUAGUUCUUUCUCAACUGAAUCCUCAUAUGCAUCAACACAGUUCACGACCCAGCUAUCCGAAGUGAUUGGCGCCAAGGAGGUAAAGUCUGAGUUGGCCUCCUUGCUUCUUCUGAUCCAUGAGACUAUGACCUUCCACUGCAAACUCACCUACGAGAUGAUUGCUGAAGUGGAGGACCAAUUCAGAUUCUUGCAAGAAUACAACAAGAGGUGGAAUGCUUUCGUUGCAAGCAUGGUGAAGCUCGAUGAAAUGCUAAUUCCCUUGAACAUAACGGUCAGCAUGGUUUACAGGAAACUCUUCCCUGGAUUUGAGUUCUGCCCCCAGUUCUCUUUCCUUAGGUUCUUUCUCUCUAUAUGGCGUAGAGAAGUCUACAACAAUUUAAAAGACACCAUCGAAGAUUACAUAGUGCUCAUUCUGAAAAAAUUUCACAAGGAUUGUUUGAUCUACUGCCAGGAGGAGAAAACAAUCAGGAAAGAAAAGAAAUGCAAUAGGACUUCUCUUUCUGACUAUUUCAGCAAGAGCCAGAGAGGUUCAGAAACUGGUGAGGGGUUCAAAUCCAUGCUCAACCCAAGGCUUUCUGAGAUUAAUGUAAAGGCGAAAGACCUCAAAAGCAGCUUCUGCGAUGCAAAAAUGGAUAACCAAGAUGAAGAGCUUAGCUAUCUUCUUGAUAUAGAUAUGAUGUAUGGCAAGGAGUAUGACUCCAAUAUCCCUAGCAUCGGAAGAGAGGGAAAGGAGUGCUUCAAACAAACCAUCAUUGACGUUAUGGAUCUGAGCAUGAAUGAGUUCUCAAUGCACUACAUUCUUCACUCAGAGAAUGAGUACAUGACCCCUUUCACAGAUUUAAAAAAGAGAAUUGAGGAAGAGCUUUUCAAAUUCUAUAAAACAUCGUGUCAAAAGAUUCCAUUCAAAUUAUGGAGUGAAAUCAUUGAAGAGCACUCCAUAAUUUUGUCAGACAUCCUGCCAGUGUCUCUCUUGAAAGAACUGAACAAGCACAAGUUCAGCUUUGUCAAGAAAUACACUAAGAAUAGGAUAAAGGUGCAGCUAGAAAAAUAUUCGAAAGCUACCAAAAAGCUGAAAAAGACGGAGGAGAAUGCAAAGAUGAUUGUAAUGAACGCUCAUUCUGACAACCAUGAAGGAACUGUUCUCAACAGGGAAGCCUACCUGGAAUCUACUGUCGCAGAAUUCUUGGACACUCCUUUCCAUCAAUAUUUGGUUUCUUGACUAAAAAGUCGGAGUAACAAGAGCACUAUCCUCUCUCUCUUAGCUCACAUUAAGGAGAAUGAAGUGGAUAUUAUGAAUGUCUACAAUGAACAUUUUCGGGUGAACGCCAAGUUCGAGUCCACUCUGAAGUCCAAGAAUAACAGGAUCCAGAGAUAUAAGGAGCCAAGAGGGUUCCCACUGAAUCUUCCAGCCAGUGAGAGUGCUCUAUACUCCAUGGAUCACGACAUCACCCUCCAGCUUCUAGAAAAAUUCAGGACCGAGAAGGAAUUUGAGAUGAAACAAAAUCUCCACAACAAGGAAGAAGACGAGCACUGUCUUGAUAAUAGCUUUGGUGCAGACAGUUGUGAAGACGACAUGCCAUUCGAUUUUGAUCUCACUCGAGAAAGGUGCUCGAACACUGAGAAAAGAACAUUCAAAUUUGAGCCACUCUCCACGUUGAACUUGGUGAAAGGCAGCAAAGAAGUCGAUAUUGACAUGGAUAUCGAAGAAGCAAAGACUGAGAGGGAGAAUGUACGAGAGGAAAAUAAGAAUAAUUUCGGAAGCAUCAGUUCUCUUUUCAAAUCUUCCAAUGCUGUUGACCAGACACAACACCUCAGUCCUUUUGAUAGUUGUGAGUCCGAAGGACUCAGGCUUCAAAGAACGAGUAAUAUAUCUUGAACAGCAACCUUGCCUGACAACCAAAUGUUAAGAUUCUCAGACCUUGAGAAUAUGGACGACGAAUUUGACAUGAACGAUAUCCCAGAGAGUCUCAGUUUCAAAAGAUGAUAGACACUGGGCGUAAACAAAGUGCCUAACUUUAAGUUUUAUGUUAAGUUCUUAGCAUAAAGAAUUCUUCAAUGGGAGGCACUCUAAGAAACUCUCUUGCAGAGACCAAGAAUAAAUUGUAUUCCUAAUAAUUAUAUAAUUUAAGGGUAAUCAAUCAUUCUUGGC